GGUAAUUCUGUACUGUAGUUGAUUAGAGGAGGCAUGGAGGCGAUACUAAACUGGCGAUCGGAGGAUGUUGAGAAUUAUUACGGGCUACUCGGGUGUGAUGAACUCUCAACGACUGAACAGAUCGUUAAUGAGUUUAAAGUCAAAGCUCUGGCCUGUCACCCUGACAAACAUCCAGAGAACCCCAAAGCAGUUGAGGAGUUCCAGAAGUUACAUGAAGCUAAGGAGGUUCUCACAGAUGAGAAGAAAAGGAAGAGUUAUGAUCUAUGGCUCAGAAGUCAAAUUAAAAUCCCGUUCAGUGAGUGGCAGGCGCUCAGUGACUCUGUAAAAACAUCAAUGCACUGGGCUGUGCGCGCCAAGAAAGAGCCGAUGCUCGAGGCCCCAAAAGACACAUACAAGGUGAACUCACGAAAUCAAGCGAGUCCAUCAGACAGACAAACAACUGAGGAGGAAAAAACAACCGAUGAAUGCCUGCCGUCAAGUGAUUAUUGGCAUAACAGGUUCCGCUGGGCCGGUGAAGCUCCCUCAGGACUUCUGCAGAAGUUCAGGAACUAUGAAAUAUAAAUUCAUCCCCUCUUGUCCUGUUUGAUGGAUGUGUUCAGUGUAUAGAGGCAAAUAUCAGAACUGACCAAUUGAUGUAGUGUGUGUCAUCAUUUGUGCAGGUUGAAUUUAAUGUGUAUGAUGCUUUAUAUGCCUUAAACAUCAUUCCAGAUGACUAACAUGAGUAUGGGUGUUUUAACAUGCAGUUAACAUCAAGUUUGCACAGAAAAUGAUUAUUAAGCUGGGUAAAAGAGUUCAUUUUAAUUAAUGCAUUAUAUAUUUGAAUAUUUAUUUGAAAUAUGACCAUUAUACUAUGUCAAACUACUAUACACUAUUAAAUAGUUGUUAAUAAGAAAUACAAUUAAUUUUAAACCAGAAGUGUCUUGUAAAAAAACAUUAUUUUCAUUAUGAGUCCCUUGUGCAGUCAGUAUUUUGAGUGAUGUUAUGUGCUUAAGUGUUUAAAUACAGUAUGUGCAGAUGAAAUAGAUGUGUACAUUGUCUGUAGGCGUGUGCAUUAUGCAUAAGUUGUCUGCCAAAUUUUACAUCUGCAAAAAUAAAACAAGCUAUUGUAUAACAGGCCAAAAAUAUUGACAUUAUUAUUUUUACACAGACGUACAAACGUAUAACAAUAGAUAAGAACCAAUCCUAAGGCAGUCAAAUCAGAUAUUGUAUUUACUUUAUUAUUAUUGCAUUGUUUUAUUGUACGUGUUUACUAUUAAAUCUGUUGGUUUCACACA